AUGGAUAUGAGUUAUAGUGAGUAUAAUAAAAAUGGCAAUUUGGUAAAUAAUGAGGGGGAUGAUAAUCAAAUCGAGAAAAUGAAUAUACAGAGCCUACUUUCCAGUUCCACGAUGAUUGAAAAUAAAAAAAUGCUUUGUAAUGGGAAUCAAAAAUGUUCAAACUUUUGUGAUUACUUUAAUUGUUCCCAAAUACCAUAUAACUUAAAAUCUGAUGGCGUCGAAAAUUCCGAACUUGUUGUUGAUCCAUGCUAUUUUUGCAAAUUUGACAAUAAUCAACUUUGUUCGAAAAUGACCUCAACAUCUGAUGAAUACAAUAAUGAUGGAUUUACUAAAUCAAGUCACAGCUACGGAAAUGAUAGUAUUUGCUCAUGGGAAAAUAUUAAUGAUAAAAAGGAGGACCACAACACUUAUAGCGAAGUACAAGAUAGUACUUUAAACGAAGAAACAAAUAAUGGAAAUUGUAAUAAAUAUUUAUCAGGUUUUAUGAAUAUAACUAGUUUUUAUGAUAAUGCGAUUAAAUGUUAUGAAAAAUCUAGUGAAAUUUCCAAAUCUAUAUCCAUUUCGCGCAUUGAAACAAAUAAUAAUAUAAGCGAAAAACAAUUGUCUAUGACAGAAAAAAAUGUGUGUGCAAAUAACAAAACAUGUGAUGAUAAUUUUAAUCAAAAUAACAUGAACGAAAUUGAGGGAGCAGGCUUCAAAAAAAAUAACCUUUUAGCUUUAGACAUUUCUCAAUCUUUAAAUUGCUUAAAUAAAGGAACAAUGGAACAAGGUAAUAUUAUUCCAAUUGAUAAAGAUAUAGUACUUUUACAACUUGAACAUUUUUCUAAAAAAAUUGAUGAAGAUAUUUUUGAUGAAAAAAUUUUUAGAGCACAGAAAUUAAUUGAUCAUAUAAAAAAAUAUGUAGAAUAUUAUAUCAACUAUUUUAAAAAAAUUAACGAUGAAAAUAUGGUUACAAAACUAACAGAAUAUUAUGAUCAAAAUUGUACGGAUAAAAAUACUAAAUAUAAUAUCAACAAGUUAAAAGUUAAUAUCCUUUAUCAUUUUUUUAAAUUUUUCCGUUUAAAUGAAAUUCAUACAGCAUUAAAUGAUUAUUCUUAUUAUUUUUCGGUUGAUCCUAUAUACAAUUUGUCUACUGGUUGUAUAGCAAAUAGUAAUAAUGGAAAUCUUAAUAUGGAUAUUUCUGAUAAUAACAUAAUUUCGACUGCUACAAGACAAUCUAUACAAUCUCUUGUUAACUCAGACUUUGAUGGUUUAGUAUGCGAUUUGUCCAUAAAUGUUCAUGGAAAUGAAAACUGUGACCAAGCAUCUAACGUUAAUUUUUCAGGUAGUAAUAAAGAUAAAACCGUAAAUGAGAUUCUAAAAAACGUGAAUUAUUUAAAUGAUGAAAAUAGUCAAAAUAAUAUUGUUAAUGCAAAAUUGGGUCAAAUUAAUGAGGGAAAUGAAUAUGAUUCUAUUUAUAAUAAUGCUUGUAGUAAUAAUCCAUUCAGCUUGAAUAGUAGCAAAAUACAGGAUAACCACGAUAAUAAAAAAAAUAGCAGUGUUAUUUUAGAUACACAUUAUCACCAAUUUUAUAAUGCAACAAGUAUGAUGAAUAGUAGAAAAUUUUCAAUAAAUAAACAUGAUUCAGCUUAUGAAAAGGAAAUACGUAAUAAAAAGAGCAGUCGAAAUAUGGUUAAUCUAAUACAAAAAUAUUCACGAAAAUUUAAAAAUUUUAAAAAAGUUAAACAAAAUAAAGAAGGAUGGAUAAAAGACAACGAUAAAUAUUUAGAUUUAUGGCAUAGAAUUGAUAGUGAAAAUAAUAUAUCGGUCCACAUUAGGGGAAAACUACCAUAUGACGUUACCACAAUAUUGUCCAUAUUGAAUGAAAUGGAACUAAGUACUAAUUGGGCUCCUUUUUUAACAUCAGCAAAAAAAAUUCACUCCCUUUCAAAUUCUAGUGCUAUUAUUUCACAGACAUACGAAUAUCCUGUAAUAGGAAAAAAACAUUCUUUAACGUAUUAUUUAGGAGCCAAUUCCUUGGAAGAACUCGGAUGCAUAAUAUUAUGCUCUAAAACUCCCCCAGAAUUAGACGCAGAAAUUUCGUUUUAUGACGAUUUAUGCAAGAAAUUAAAUAUAAAUAACAAUGGUGAAAUAUUAAGUGUUAAAGAAAUUCCUGUCAAAUUCAGAAAAAAUAAAAAAGAAGUAACAUUUUUUUCCUUUAAAUUACCACAACCAUUUCCUAAAUCAGAAAGACAAAAAUCUGCAGAUUUGUGCUUUUUAAUAUACCCAUUAAACAAUGGAAAAUCUACAAUUCUUGAAUUAUUUGUGCAUUGUGAAAAUGAAUAUAAAUAUAUCCCAAUUAAAAUGGUUACCUUUUUCAUAAAAAAAAUUGUAAAAAAUAUGUAUGCAAAUAUUGUCAAGGCUUGUAAAAAUCAUCACAUUAUGUAUUCAGAAAUUCGAGUCACAAAUCCAGAAUUCUAUCAAUGGCUAGACGACCAAAUUAAAAAAUACCUUAAAAAUAAAUAUACAAAAUUAAUAGACUCUAUAAGCUUAGUAAGUUAUAAUGGUUAUGAAAACAAUGAUGUUAUUUAA